UCGAGUCGUCUUCAACAGUAUGAAGAUCGAACUCCGCUGAAGCCCAUUCGUGAUACUCCCAGCAUUUCACCAUCCGCAGCCAAUCAAUCCAUUCUGGGUCCGGUGAGAACUCCGCCUUCCGGAAGGCCAAAUUUAAUUCAUCCGGUUGUACGACGAGGCAAUUUCUUCGAUGAUCCUCGCUAA